AUGGGGCCCCCCUGCAGCGGCAAAGGAACUGUGGGGCAAGAGCUGCAGCAGCAGCUGCCAAUAGUUCAUGUUAGUUCUGGGGACGAGCUGCGGCGGCUGACGCGUGCAGCAGCAGCAGCAGCAGCAGCAGCAGCAGCGGAGGCCGCAGGGCCUGCAGCAGCAGCAGCAGCAAGUGCUGCUGCUGCUGCUGCUGCUGCUGCAGGCUUCGCCCCCGAAGUAGUCAAGACUGUGGGGCAAAGAAUGCGAGAAGGCCUUCUUGUGGAUGACUUCUUAGUGGCCACUGUGCUGAAGCAGCGGCUAGCUGCUGCAGCAAGAGAGCCCCUGCAGCAGCAGCAGCAGCAGCAGCAGCAGCAGCAGCAGCGGGAGGUGCUGCCGCAGCUGCUGCUGCUGGACGGCUUCCCCAGGACUGCUGCCCAGGUGUCUCUGCUGCACCACAUGGGCGCCUGGCCCACUUCUGUGCUGCUGCUGAUGGCCCCCAGGGACUGUCUCCUAAAGAGACUUGAGGGCCGCCUUAUAGAUCCCAAGACAGGAAUGGUUUAUGGGCCCCACAGGCCCCCCCCCGCGGCCCUUUUGGGGGGCCCCCCGGGGGGCCCCCAGGGGGGCCCCCAGGGGGGCCCCCCAGGGGGCCCCCCGGGGCCCCCGGGGGGCCCCCAGGGGGCCCGAAGGGAGGAUGACGCGGUGGAGGUGCUGGAGCGCCGCAUUAAGGAUUAUGGAGACGGCCUCGCAGCAGUUCUGGGGGCCCUCAAGGCGGGGGGCCCCCCGGGGGGCCCCCCGGGGGGCCCCCAGGAGGGGGGCCCCCUGGGGGCCCCCCCCACUCUUAUAGAAAUAGAUGCAACGCAGCACGUAGAUGAUGUUGCCAGAGAUGCCAUUAAUGCUGUUAAGCCGCUGCUGAGGCCCCAGGGGGCCCUCGAGGGCCCCCAGUGA